AUGUGUGCUCCAGCUUAUGAUUGCAAACAAUUUAACCGCCCUGAUUUUCAAGAUCCUUACUAUUGUGAUGAUGAUGAUGAUGAUGAUGUGCAAAGUAUCCUCAGUAUUCCUGAAGAAAGCAAUGUGUUGCCGUCAUAUUACAUGUAUAAAUCAGUUGUACAUAACAAAUUCAAAUACUUAUCAGGUCCUCCUAGCUACAGUCUGCUUCAUGAUGAAUCUUCGGACUUGAUGCAAAACUCUAACCCCCUGACAGUCUCGGUGGCUACUUCAAUCUCAAGCACAUUACAAUCUUUGACCAGCACUAACAAAAUCAGCUUGGAAGUUCGCUUCGAUCAACCCUCAAAUCAUGACUAUAAACAAGGAGAAACUAUUCUGGGCCAUCUCAUACUUCAAAACACAUGUGAUUCUCCAAUUAACUUCUCCACUAUAUACAUUUUGCUUGAGGGAAGUAUAUCCUUUGCCGAAACCAAAGCUAAAACUUUCUUAUCCAUGGUUGACUUUGAUAGUGUUAUUUGUCCACUCCUUCAUAUUGACGCUAACCUGAUUCACAAGCACCCAUUCACUUUUAGAAUUCCCAAUUAUUUAUUAGAUAGCGAGUGCGCUCAUGUAUCUAACCAUUUAGAGAUUCCUCCUACAACACACUACACAAUGUUCUGCAAUGCAGAAGUAAAGUACAAUCUUUCUGGGUAUAUAUUGCGGCAAGAGAAUUGUGAAUAUGUCAAUGUUGGAGAAAUUCAAAAAGAAGUUUCAAUCAUUCCCCAGUACACAAACGAAGAACAUAUUAAUACAAACUAUGAAUCCUUGUUGAGUAAGUUAUUAGACGAAACUAUCUACAUUAAUAAGGACAGAUUUAAUCAAAUUAUGUGCAAUUUGAGAAUAACCCCAUUGCAAAAUAAACAGGUUAUUACUGGAAAUAGCAAAGUUUCCAGUGUUAAAUUUGAUGCCAACCUUUUACAAGGUCUUAAAGUUAAAUAUGUCCCCGCCAUUCCAGGCCACCCUGACUUGAAUCAAACCUUGAGCAUACCGAUAGAGUUUAAGUCGACCAAAGGUGGAGAAGCUCCUUCUAUAAAGUCUAUCAGUGCCGAAUUGGUUGCUGCUACCGGGAAAACGUAUGCUUCUUGUCCCGUUUAUAUCGAUGAUUCCAUGUUAUUUGAAUCGUUUUCUAAUCGAAAAUACAAUGACAUAGUAGUUAACCCUAUUAUUAAAAUGAAGGGUGAAUUGUAUAGAUUAAGCCAUGAGUUAGACAAUUCGGGGCUAAAGAAAUUACUCAGAUUUCAUAUUUAUUAUUCCAAUUUCGCUAUUCCAAAAGUUGAAUACCUGAACAAAGAAAUUAAGGUGAAUCUUAAAGGAAUGUAUCGUUCAUUGGGUGACAAAUCUCGAACCAGGAACGUGUACGGUGGGUUUAAUCUCACUCCUAAUUUUCAAAGUUGUCAUAUGGUAAGACUGUAUUAUUUACAUUUGGUGGUUAAGUUUGACUGGAAAUCCAAGAAUAAUGUGGUUAUUAAUAUUCCUGUAAAGGUGGGCCGCUAUUGAAAAGCCUUUGCAAAGCAAAGGUAAUAUUUAUUUGCUUAUUUAUUUGUAACAAUAUCCUUCCUCGCCCACAUUAAGUGCUAUCAACGGGUCGACUAUGAGUAUACUAAACAUUACGGAACCAGUUCGUUGAAAUAUAAAUCUAUAUCCUUGCUAUUUGUAAUAAACAAGGUUCUAAAAUAUUAUUGACUUAGGAAUGGUGAUAACUCUAUUAUCAUAUAAUUAGUUUCUUAAAUAAUGCAGCAAAAGUCUAACCUAACGGCCAAACUUUUUCAAUUCCCAAUAACGUAACCCGGGGUAUACAAUUCCACUAAAUCCCAUACACAACCACAUAGCGAUAUCACCACCAUAUUCACCUCCAAUUCUAGUAGCAAUUGGUCCUAUCCAGUAAGUUUGCGACAUACCAACAGCGGCACCAGUAGCACCAAUGAUAAAGGAAGCAGUUGCAGCCAAGCCUCUUGUCAAUUUAUCAUAAUCAUUCCAGAUCUUAAAGUUGUAGUGUUGAUUGCGGCGUAAUUCUGAAGUACCAUAACUUCUUUCCUUUUCCACUUCUUGCUCUUCAGUUGCAGGAAAUUCGAAUUUAAACAAAUACUUGAAUCUAUCAGUUCUGAAGAUUGUGUUUUCUUCAAGUAAAAUAAUAAAAUACAUCGAGAUCCAAUAACCAACCAUAGGUAAGAAAUUACCUAAAAUUGUAGCAAACUGAUCCCUUCCAACAAGGGCACAAACUAAGUAGAUGGCAGUUAAUACAAAUGCCCAAAACCAUCUGGGAAUACGAGCAAGGAAUCUACCAGCCAAUUGAACACCAAAUGCAGCGGAAUAUGUGUUAAGAAUGUUGUUGGAAAUCAAAGAAAGGAAAAUCAAGAUAAGAAGGAAUUUUCCACCCCCACCCCAUGGCUUGAAUGCUUCGUUUAAAAGACCACCCAUUCCCAAUUUUUCAUAUGCAUCUCCCCAGGGUUGAUAAGUAAGUGCUACGUUACCAAUUAAUAAACCAGCAACACCAACAAAGGUAGUUGGCACUGCAAUACCAAUGAAUGUGAUGGUGUAUACUUCCAAAUCUGGAGUGUUUUCUGGGAAAAUGAUGUAAUAAUCGGAAGCAAUAGAGCCCCAAGUAGAAGUAAUGGAAUAACAUAAUGAGAAGAAUGAUAACCAAUUACCUUUAAUUGUGGCAGGAUCGGUUAUGGCAUCUUCUAAAGUCAAGUAGGAAAAUUUCUUAGAUGCAACAACAUAUAAUAAUAAAAAUGCAAAGUUAACUGGUAAACUUAAGAAUGUUUCCACUUUCAAUAAUUGCUUAAUACCUCCGAUUGCAACAACAAGUGAUAUACCAGCAAUUAUAAUGAUUCCUGCCCACACUGGGAUUUUUUCAUUUGAAAGAGCUGCCAAAAUCUGACCACCAACAACACAAUUGACAACUGACCAACCCAUAACACCAAUAAUACUGACAAACGCAACUAACUUAACAAACCACCACCCGAAAAGGAAACGAGCACUAACCAUUUGUCUACAUCCUGAACGAGGUCCCAUUAAGGAGCAAUACGCAGCAAUGGCACAACCUAAUAUUUGACCUACUGUUCCUGCAAUCAUAGUAUUCUUUAACCCAAGCCCAAACAAAAGUGGACCCAAGUAGAACGAAGACAUAGAAGAAAGACCACCACAUGCUGACAACCAAAGACCCAUGACACUAAUUAAUAAUUUGGUUCUGUUGGUUGAUCUUUCGUAAGGUUCGAUUCUUUCGAUACCUCUAGCUUCAACCCCUAAGGCAUCAAGUUUACGGGAAGCUACUCCAAGGUAAUGGAACAUGGAAUGAAAAAUGGAAUUUUUAUUCUCAUCGGAACUGACAUCUUCCAUAUGACCUGCCGGAAAAUGGUUUGCUGCUGAAGUUCCUGUUAGGUCCACCUCUGAGAUUUUCUCUGUCUGCUUCUUGCUCAUAGCCGUUUGCUCUAUAUGUACUAGUGAUGCAAAAU